AACCCAAUACUAGACAGAAAAAGAAACUGACACUGAAUCUCACUGAACAAGCAAAAAUUAAAUCUGUCAAAAAUAUUUAAUCGAGUUCAUUGAAUCGUUCACAUAAAUUGAAUUUGUCCUUUAAAAUAUUAUAAAUCGAAUUUUGAAAAUGGCUUCUCUUAAGGAUGUAGCUGCGUUGUAUCAAAAUCUUAAAACAGAAUGGUCUAAAAAACCACGAAAACUUGAUAAGUGCGGAGAGUUGUUAAACAAAAUAAAGGUAGCAUUAACACAGCUGAGUUUUCUCCCGAGUAACAAUGCAGCGGCUAACCAGAAAGAAUUAAUCCUUGCAAGAGAUGUACUUGAGAUUGGUGCACAAUGGGCAGUUGCGAGUAAAGAUGUAAAAGCCUUUGAAAGAUAUAUGUCACAAUUGAAAUGUUAUUACUUUGAUUACAAAGACCACUUACCAGAAUCAGCAUUCAUGUACCAGCUGCUUGGUCUAAAUCUGCUGUUUCUAUUGGCGCAAAAUCGAGUAGCAGAGUUCCACACAGAACUUGAACGUCUACCAGUGGAUGUGAUCAGGGCAGAUCCAUACGUCAGACAUCCGUUGGCUCUUGAACAGUAUCUGAUGGAAGGAAGCUAUAAUAAAAUAUUUUUAGCAAAGGGUAAUGUACCAGCAGAGAGUUAUACAUUAUUUAUGGACACUCUGCUAGAGACUGUGCGGGGAGAGAUCGCUGCCUGCAUUGAGAAGGCCUACCUGAGCAUCCCCUGCGGCGAGGCAGCAAGGCGACUCAAUCUUCCAUCACAAAUGGCUGUUCUUGAAUAUGGAAAGAAG